AUGGCUACCUUCAUAACAUCGAACGUCUUAGGGACGAGUUAUGAGACUACCGACAGAUACCGGGAUUUGAGGGCACGGGGGGUCGGUGUCUCUGGGGUCAUCUGCUCUGCGUAUGACAACAUCACCAACGCCCCAGUCGCCAUCAAGAAGAUUGGGAAACCGUUUUCGAGUACGGCGGUCGCGAAACGAACGUACCGGGAAGUCUACCUGCUGAGCAGACUGCGACAUGAAAAUCUCAUUACCUUGCAAGAUAUCUUUAUAUCUCCGGCUGAAGACAUCUACCUCGUCACGAAUAACAUGAUGACGGAUCUACACCAGCUCGUUCAGUCAAGACCGUUAAACAACCAGUUUAUCCAGUUUUUCACCUACCAGAUUCUCCGAGGGCUGAAGUACAUCCACUCGGCUGGCGUCAUCCACCGCGACCUCAAACCGGGCAACAUCCUCGUAAACGAAAAUUGCGACUUGAAAAUCAUCGACUUCGGGCUCGCGCGGGAACAGGAGCACCACAUGACCGGCUACGUCGUAACGAGGUGGUACCGAGCGCCGGAGAUCAUGCUGACAUGGAAGCAGUACGGCUACGAGAUCGAUAUCUGGAGCGUGGGAUGUAUCCUUGCAGAGAUGAACCUGGCACGACCCCUCUUUCCCGGAAAGGAUCACAUCCACCAGUUCUCCCUGAUUACGGAGCUGCUCGGAAACCCUUCCAAGGAAGUCAUGGAGCGAAUAUACAACCCGAAUACACGCCGAUUCAUCGACGAGCUACCACACCAGGAAGGCCGUCCGUUCUCGUCCGUCCUCAAAGGCGUUGACCCCACCGCGAUCGACCUCCUCGAGAAAAUGGUCAAAUUCGACCCGUACGAGAGAAUCACCGCCGCGGACGCCCUCUCGCACCCGUACCUUAUGACGUACCACGACUCGGAGGACGAGCCCAGCGCCGGCAAGGAAAUCGACUGCUCCUACGAGGAAGACCCAGCUAUCUCGCUGGAGGAGUGGAAACUAAAGAUGUACAACGAGGUGCUGGAUUUCCACCAGGGUGCCUGCACAGGGCAGACCACCAACAUGACAGAUACAGAUACAGGUACCCACGACGAUGCACUAAGGAGCAUCGCCCAACGAGAUUCAAGAGUGGAGAGCUACUAG